AUGACCAGUUUGACUCCGCAGAAGAUUUUUCCAAUGAUCGAAUUCAUCACCACCUUCACCUGUGGCAUACUGACGGGAAUAGCACUUUAUGUAAUUGCUGUAGAGCAGCCAUCACGAAUGACCAUGAAGGACCCCGUCGCUAUUCAUCGCCAAUGGCUGACAAGUUUUCAUCGAACAGCAAAACUCAUGAUGGCCCUAUCCAUGUUUCCUCAGACUGCUGGUGUUGUAGCGUAUUAUCUAGACGCCACUCGCGGUCUUCCUUGGUUGAUCGUUGCUGGGUUAGUUCUGUUCAACAUGCCAUAUACCUUGCUGGUUUUGAAGCCUUUCUUCAUUGAUCCCAUACUUGAUGAAGAUACCUGCUCUAAGAAGGAACACGCGUAUGUGGUUGAUCGUGUAGUCAAGUGGGCAAGAGCUCAUAUCGUACGAGUGCUAAUCAAUAUGGCUGCAUUUGCUUUAUGCGUUUACACUGUUGUUUACAAGUGAUGCUUCGUUAGCGGACGGUAAAGCUCCUUUAGUCCGAUCAGUAUCAGAGCAGAAGAAAUAGAUAUGUAUCAUCUGAGUGGUUUUCUGUGGCUCGGUUUCUGAUCGAAUCUUCCAAAGCGUUUUUGCUAAGCGACGUUAUUUCGUCAAUUAAGCCUCGUUUUUCAAAUAAUCCCGCCAAGGCCGGUUUUGUUAGGACUGCUCUUGAACUGUGAUAAUUGAUCAACGAAUCGCAAAAGUGUACUCUUACUUUUUGAUAUGUUUUGAGAAGAUUUAAUACUGCCUAGUUAUCAGCCUUAAAGUGUUCGCGGCUGGCUUUUUAUCUUAGAACAGCUUUAGUGGUAGUUUUUUUUUAGUUUUAAUUAAAAUUAACGUGAAAACUUCACGGUGGUUGGUUUCUGGAGGUUUUUAUUGGCUCCUGAUUUGUAUCAUGCAUGUUCCUUUGAAGAGCCCUUUUAAUGUAUUGAAAUUCAUCAUCUACCACUGAGACGCAAAGUUGACUCCUAAUCACCUGCCUAAUGGACUCAAACAAAAGUAGCGAAUAGACAUUUUUCUGAAUUUUAUGUGUUUGCUCCUCCCGAUUCUGCGUCCCCAACCCUAGCCUCCUUGGGGCUUUGGUCACGCGUUCCUGAUGCAAAAGCUACCUCCCCCGCUCAAUUCCCCGCUCUGGCCGAACCCUUCGGUCCCCCUCCCCGCCUCCUGCAACUGGACUAGGCACCAGUUCUCGCCCUUUCGCUCUUGCUGGGCCUCCCCUAUUAUUCCUACACACGUGUUACAUUCUUCCUCUUUUUGCCGGCCAUCUUGAAUUUGCGAUAAAAUGGUAGGUGAAAGGGAAUAAUUUGAAAAUUUUUAGUACUUUAUGGUCGGUUUAGCAAAGAGGUGAUUAAUCUUUUGAAAGGAAUAAAUAUCAAGCUGUAACCAUGUAAAAUCUGAGAGUAAUAAGGGUUUAGAUUUGGUCACAAUUUUCCGUAGUUUCAGAGAACCAUUUCACGGUGAUUUCACAACGUGAUUUUACAUCGAACUUUUCCCAAGACUCUUUAUCGAUAUUUGCUCGGUUAAAUUUAGCUAUUAAUUUUAUCUAAAUGCAUUUAACAUUUGUGAGGUUGAAGUUGUCUGGUGUAGAAAUGGGGCAGUAAAAGUAAAUGACCUCAUGGGAAAAAAACACUUCAAAGUCUCGGAUUAUUUACACGUCUCCAGCUCCUUUUGUUUUAAAAAUUCAAGUACAGGUUUCAACUCUCUUCAGAGAGACAUCUUUGGGACUAGCACUUUGUGUAUGUCUUAAAGUGAUGUUCAUCUUAUUGAGAAUGGGCGAAAAGGAGUACAGAAGGCAGGGACCAACUCUAAGUGUGAUCUCCAUCUAAUAAAAGUGUCCACUAAAAGAACAUUAACUAUAUCAGCACUUAACUGUAAUCACCUAUUUCCGUGCAUUUUGAUGUAACCAUUUUGUUCCCUCCACAUUCAUUAUAAAUUUGUUUCACUGAUUAUUGUGUUAUCGCUUACAAGGCGGCUCGACCUUUGAUAACAAUCUAUGAUGAAGCUGGAGAAAAUGCUGGACAGACCACACUUCCAGCUGUCUUCAAGGCUCCCAUUCGUCCUGAUGUAGUCAGCUUUGUUCACACCAAUAUGGCCAAGAACAAGCGACAGGCAUAUGCUGUAAAUGUUAAUGCUGGCCACCAGACCUCUGCAGAGUCCUGGGGUACAGGCCGUGCCGUCGCUAGGAUUCCUCGUGUUAGAGGUGGUGGAACCCAUCGAUCUGGUCAGGGUGCUUUUGGCAAUGUAUCUUUCUGAUUAAAGUUUUCUUUAACUGUUCAAUCCCCAAUCCACAUAAAAAUUCACCAGACAUCUCUAUACAUUUCCUUCAGCAUUAGUGGAGACAGUUCGAUAAAGGAUCAAGGCAUUUCCCUUAAGUGAUCAUUUUAUUAAUUGUCGAAACCUUUUCUCUUGUCACUAUUGGGAUUUAAAGGGUUUAGUGUUAACAUUUUAUUUCAUGCUUUCUAAACAUCUUCUUUUUGCUGCUGAGUGUUAUAACUUUUUCUGAAAGGGAAUGUAUUGCCACAGGCACUAAAUGUCUGUCUUAGAGAGAUGGAAGUCUUUAAGUUAGGCAAAGGAAAAGACUAAACAAGGGCCUGGAACUCUUGGUGUCCAAUUUUGGGGAGUGUUGAAUCUCUUAUGGAUGUUUUCAUUAUGACAGAGACGACUACAAUCAUAUGCUCUCAAAUGUGGACCGUAUAGAAAGGGUGUAUUCUUUAGUAAGAUUUGAAAGUUGACGGGUUAGUUUCUGCACUGGUUGUUUUGUUUGAAUGCUUGUUAUAAUUUAUUAUUCAUAAGUGACUGAUUGAAAUGAUUGCAUCACCGGUUGAAAUUUUGUUAACUGAAAAUUGGGGGAGUAGACUUGAAAAAUCUCUUACUGUAUUAAAGUUUUAAGGAGACCGGAAUUUCUGACCAUUUUCCUCUGUGAAAGCAAAGUUAGCAAAUUGUCCUCAAUUUAUUUUAACUGUUUGAGUGAACAAGGUGGCCACAUUUUUUGCUCAGUUUAAUUAUCACUGUGUUAGCUGAGCCAUAUUAUAUUUGAGGUAGCAUCCUUAAUUUUUAAACAAGAUGUGCCGAGGUGGCCGUAUGUUUGCACCUACAAAAACCUGGCGCCGCUGGCAUCGCAAGAUCAACCAGAAACAGCGUCGCUAUGCUAUGUGCUCAGCACUAGCUGCCUCUGCUCUCCCUGCACUGGUAAUGGCACGAGGUCACCGUGUGGAUGAAAUACCUGAGGUACCAUUGGUUGUCUCUGACAGCAUUGAGUCCCUGCAGAAGACAAGUGCCGCUGUUAAGCUGCUAAAAGCUGUCAAUGCAUAUGGGGAUGUUGAAAAGUGCAAGGAUUCUAAGAAAAUCCGUGCAGGCAAGGUAAGUUUGGGAGUGGUAUAUAGUCAAGCCUCCUUGAUACGACACCAAAGGGACAGGGCUAAGUGUCAGCUUUGCAAAGCUGUCUAUAAUAUAGAGGUAGCUACUGUAUGAAGUUUCUCAACUCUGGGACAGGGCGUGAAAAAAGUCCUGUCUGGUCAUCGCGGACAAACAGAUUUUUUUACUGGGCAAGUAACUUUAUAAGCUCCUUUCUCCAUUGGUCCAAGAAAUCAUUAAGCAAAGCAAAGGUCACGGCAAACAAAACUGUGGGAGCUAAUUGUUUAAAGGACAAGCUGGAAUAUAAGGAUUUUUCAAGCCCUGUGGGAUGAAGAGAAAUAUCCGUAAUAUAGAGGGGUAUGAAAAGGAGAGGUGAGACUGUAUAGGUAAAUUUUGCUUUGAAACGUUUGUAUCUUGAUUUGAUGAUCAAUAUCUUUGUGUUUGGCAAAUCCCCAAAGCUCUUUUGAGGCUGUGGGCUUUUUUUCCUUCUGGUUUCAUUGGCUUUCUUACAGAGGUAUUCAGGGCUGUGCUCUAGCAGAGCCCGGUGGCCCUUGGGGCCUAACUUUUACCCUCAGGCGACUAGAAAAUCUCAGAUUUUUCAUACAAAUCACAUGCUGGGCACCCUAGAUUUUACAGUUUCAGAGCACCAAAAUUGGACCUAUGUUGCUAAAAAACACUCUUUAUUUCCAGCAAGAUAAAGGUGCAGGGGCCCGUUUCUCGAAAGUCCCGAUAAUUAACGGGCCCGGUAAGCUGUCUCCGUUUACAUUAAAGAUCGAGGUUUCAAUAGUUUUGCAUCUAACAUGAUAAAACUGUCAGUUAAUGAAACUAAAUGGAGUAGUUUAGCCAGGACCCGCGCUCUUAUUCUUUAUAUUUCGAUUUGAAUUUUUGAUUUCGGACCCGUAAAGUUACCGGGACUUUCGAGAAACGGGCCCCUAAUCUCAUAAGUAUUGUCACAUGAUCUCCAAUACCAAAGCAUACCAGCAAAUAAGGUUUAUUUAGCUUCUUGAAGCUUUAUGCAGAAAAUCUGAAAAUUUGGGUUAUAAGUCAGUGUUAAUUUUGGUAUGUAAUCAUGCUGUGUGCCUUACCUAUACAUAUUUUACAUACCAUGCUUGUUUAAACUUUUAUAUUAGGGUAAGAUGCGUAACCGUAGGACUGUGAUGCGCAAAGGCCCCCUUGUUAUCUACAACGAGGAUCAUGGUGUGAGAAAAGCCUUCCGUAAUUUACCAGGAGUUGAUAUUCUUUCUGUGGAUCGUCUGAAUCUUCUCAAGCUUUGUCCUGGUGGUCAUAUGGGAAGGUAAUAAGGACAAACUGUAUGUUUAUUCUAUGUGCUUGUUAUUUGAUAUUGAUUUAUGGGUUCUAUUCUCCUAUGGUCUAAUGGCUUUAAAAUCCAAAUUUCUGUGAAUGACCUCUGUUGAAGCAGUUUAUGCAUUUUGCCAAAGUGCUAGACUUAAAUGCAACGAAUUGGCUUUCUUUCUUGUGCUUUAACUGAACAAACAAGGGAAGCAUUCAGUUAUUUUCUUUGUUGUAACUCACCUGUAAUGGCAAAGAGCCUACUUGUAGCAAUCAAUACUAAGGGAAGCAAGUGAAUAGAAAGUACAAUUAUUGUAUCUUCUUGUCCAUGAGGUUAGUCAAAGGUACAGCAUACUCUUAGUUUAGGGUAUUCCUGUAUCCUUGUAGUGUUCACAGCAAGGGUCAUUCUUUGGUUAUUGAGAAAAUGUGUUUUUGUUAGCUCAUUGAUGGUGGCUUGAAAUAAAGUUUUAGUAGAUCGUGGGACAGCAUACAAUUUCUUUCCUUUUCUGGCAUGAGCAUUUGUAUAAAGCGCUUUUCAGCAUUGUAAGAACAUUACAUACUUGUAUACAACACAGUUGUUGUGCUUGUUUGUGUUCUAUAGGUUGUGUAUCUGGAGUAAGGGGGCUAUUGAGAAACUUGAUUCCUUAUAUGGAACUGGAAAGAAACCAUCCACUGAAAAGAAAGAUUUCAAGUAAGUUGAUGCAUCUUUUGUCUGUAUGUGAUGACAGUUGACUUGUGAAAUCAGCUAUGGUUUUAAUGGGUGCAUACAGGCACAUAUGAGUAAACCAAUAGAAGACAUCACCACAUGCACAAAUUGAAUUCAAAAGUUGAAAGUGUUGGUUAAUUUAGGCAAGUGUCAGCUCUUUGCAUGCAAUAUCAAAGGAAAUAGCAGCCAUCAAAAGCUGCAAAAAUCAAUUGAGUCCAUACAUUCUUUGUAAGGUUUUGAGUUUUUCGAAGAUAAUUCCUCCUUGAACGAUUUGGUAUAUCAGGCUCAAAUUUUCACAAAUAACUGAAGUUGUUAUGCUCUCUUGAUAUUCGGAAAGUGUAUUUUAACAGCUUGAUCAGAGAAUGAAAGGAAUAUGCUAAUGAGUGAAAAAUGUAAACAAAGAUUUGGAUAUAUUUGUAGAGGCUAUACGUGGCAAUCCCUUUACCCAUAGGGUGAGGAUGUUAACCAUGUUUUGCUUAUUUUUUCUUUUUACAGUCUCCCACAACCAGUCAUGAGCAAUGCAGACCUCAAUCGUAUUAUCAACAGUGAGGAAAUACAAGCUGUCCUCAGACCCGCUGGGUAAGAAAGGGUCCAUUUCUUAUCAUAUUAUUUUUAUUAGUAAUAGCAAGUUUUAAUUUAUUUAACGUGCAAAAGUAAAUCUGUCAAUCUGACACAAAGUAGUCGAGUACUCUAACCUUUAGAGACUGAUGCAAAAUUGCCGCUCAUGAUUUGCCCUUUUUUCUUUAAUUCUUUAAAUGUAAAGUACAUUUACUUCACUUAAAACCUAAAGCAUUUGAUUGGCAAACGUUACACACUGCACUCAAGCAUUUGAACUGUUCUAUGUCUUGUACAGUGUACUUUUUGCAAGAGUUGGGGGAGGGGUGAGCUGAAUAGCUUGGUGCAAAAGGAAAUCCUAUUGAAGAGCAUUAAUCUGAGAUACAAGAAAGGCAAAGUGAGAAACAUUGUUCUGCUUUUCAAUAAACGUGGAAGCCGUCUUUGCAUUUUGUGUAUAGAGCUGGAUUAAUAUCUGUAACGUUUUCUGUUUUCUGUUGAACGAAAAAGAAUUCUCUCUGCUGGGAACUGAACUGUAUUUUAUUGCAAAAAAAAAUGUAUUGACCACCAAUCACCACCGUGAUUUCAAACUGAGAAUACAGUAAUAAAGAUUUAGAGUGACAUGUUGCAGCAGACGACAAACUGAAACGACAGAUUCAAGUUGAGAAUUUGUCAAAAUACAAAACGUGCUGCUAAAAAUAGUCGCAAACAAUUGUUAUAGACAAAACUAAUGUGAAGCUGCUAGAUAGAGAACUUGAUGUCUAUAUCAUGGAUUUAUAAUGGUUAUAACACUAAGUGGAGUCCAAUUCGGACUGUUUAAUCACGAGUAUGAUUACAGACAGAAUUGGACGAAACGAAGUUCUGUUACCAAUUAAUCAUAACUAUAACAAAAUUUGUGAUGUUUUAGCCCUUUUGAAAUAAAAAACACAAGAAAUUCCAAGAGUUUUCUUGCGUGCAGUGAAAAAAAACGCCAUUUUAUAAGUACGCGCAUGCGAGGUUUCGUACUGUCCAAUUUCUUAAGCACGACGCGUACUGUCCUAUUACACUGCCCUAUUGGUGCUGAAAUCAGGACAGUUUAUAGCCAAUCAGAUUUGGGAAUUUUGUUAUAGUUACGAUUAAGACUGUCAGCGAUGCAGGCUUGUAAUUUUAGGGUAGAAGUAAUGAAUAGUUAAGCAGCAGUUAAGGGAAGUCGUGGUCAGGUGCUACAAAUUCACGUUUGCCGUUUGCCGUAAAUGUGACUCUAAAUUUCUCUGUUAUUGUUGCUGCUUUUCCACCAGACCAUCAAAGACCCGCCGAGCAAUCCGUAAGAAGAAUCCUCUGAAGAAUAUUGGCAUCAUGAUGAAGCUGAACCCUCAUGCUAAGACUGUCAAGCGAGCUGAGAUGCUGACGGUAGAGAGGAGGAGGGCUGCUAAGGAGGCUGUCCUCAGCAAGAAGAGGGAAGGAAAAUAA